AGGAGCAGUUAUGGAAAUUAUUUCGGGUAUUAAAGCUAUUCCAAUGGAAGUCAUCACAAGAAUGGACCCCAGUGAACUCUUCAAUCAAGUUGAACUUCUUGGUCGUGAAGCAAUGCUCACAAAAUCCGACGAUUUGAAAUCUUAUUUGAUGCAGUUACACGAUGAACUCAAAGAAAUCGUCGACAUUGAUCACAUACAAAUUCUUGGAAAAUUGCAAGCCAUCCUUUGUUUUCUAAAUUUGAAGUAUUCGGACGGUCUAACAAUUUUGGCUCAUGGAUUCUACGAUGAGAAGCACCAUACAUUUCUCCAACAGCUCUACGUCAGAAUUGAAGAAGACAAGAAUGGAAAAAACGUUAAAGAGCAAGAGUAUUGUCCCUUUCCACCGUCGAUUGACCCAAAAGGAAAAGAUGGGUUGCCGAACAGUUUAUCCAAAUUUUUUCGUGAUUAUUAUUUCAAAAGACGACUUUUGAAAAAACGCUUUGAUAUCAAGAGUGUCUCUGAGCAAACCGGAUUGCGUCAAGAUUUCAUAGAAGCAAGAUUCGAAGAGCACCGAAAAUCGAUUUCAAAACCUCGUCAUAGGAGCCUCAAAGAUAGAAGAAGCACCGACACAAAAGACAAAACUUACUGCAACAGUGACAAAAACGGCUGUAUUGAAUCAAAAGUAAUGAUAUCCACAAUUGAAUCAAAAGAAAACUUUAACGAACUUCAUUAUCAGUACUUCAACGAAAUCUAUUUUCCAAGUCCACCAAUGACACCAAAACCUGUGUUCACUUACAUUCCCCCAUUAAAUCAACCACUAACUAUUGAGAUUCCAGAUCACAAUUUGUUCUAGAUCAAGGGAAAAGCUAACAUUCAACAUUUCAACAUUUACCCACUACUGUAAACGGUCAGUAUUCAUUAGUCGAAUCUUCAUGUCAAGUCUUUAAAAACGACAAUCAAAUUUAAGAAAUGGGAUCCAAUUUUUGUUUCAAGAUCAGGUUCUAAGUGUCUCAUUAUAUCCACAGCUAAGAUAGCGGUGCACGUUCUUAUCAUCAGUAUUUUCAUAAUCACUUUGAAACAUUCCAUUGUUAUUUUUUUCUGUGUUACCGUAUAUCCUCUAUUAGUUUUGCACCUCUUUGUUCAACUUUGACAGCUCAUAUCUCAUUUUGUUUUGAACAUAUAAAUAAUUAACAAACUACAUACUAUGGAAAAACAUCUAACAAAUAUUUUAUCAGUUGAUUACUUUUCUAUAGAAAAACGACUAUUGAGAUAUGAGCUGCCAAAGUUGAGCAAAGGGAUGCAAAACUAAUAGAGGAUAUACGGUAACUUUUUAUUUGAUAUAUAUUUUCAAUAAAUAAACAAGUGAU